AUGACUGCUCGCUUUGUUCCGUAUCUACCGAAAGAUAGGGAGGACGAGUUGCGACGAAUAGCGAGGGCCCUGAUAGCUCCUGGCAAAGGAAUAUUAGCUGCUGAUGAAAGCAAUGCAUCCAUGCACAAGAGGCUGGACAUGAUAAAAAUGGAAAACAACGAAGAAAAUAGGAGAAAGUUCAGAGAGAUGUUGCUCUGUUGUGGAAAGGAGAUGUCUGAACAUAUUGGCGGUUGUAUUCUUUUCCACGAAACUCUCUACCAGAAAGCGAAUGAUGGCGUGCCGUUCGUCAAGCAUCUUCAGCAAAAUGGCGUUGUUCCUGGAAUCAAGGUAGACAUGGGCGUUGUUCCGUUAGCUGGGUCAGAUGCAGAAACGACCACGCAGGGUCUGGACAAUUUAGCAGAACGAUGCGCUCAAUACAAAAAAGAUGGCGCUCAUUUUACGAAAUGGCGGUGUACUUUGAAGAUUCAGCAAUUUACUCCAACCUACCAAGCCAUGAUUGAGAAUGCCAACGUUCUGGCGAGGUAUGCUUCAAUUAGUCAACAGAACAGACUGGUCCCUAUCAUUGAGCCAGAAAUUCUACCCGACGGCAAUCAUGACAUCGAAACAACAAAAGAAAUUGCGGAAAAGGUUUUACAAUUUGUUAUGCACUCCCUAGCUAUCCACAACGUUUUUUUAGAGGGCCUUUUACUAAAAGUAGCAAUGGUAACUCCAGGUUUCAAGUGUCCUAAACGGAAUACAGCAGAUGAGAUAGCUAGUUUUACGCUUAGUGCUUUGCAACGGAGGAUACCCCCGGCAAUACCGGGCAUCGUAUUUUUAUCCGGUGGAAUGGCCGAAGAUGAAGCAACCGCAAAUUUGAACGCGAUGAAUAAACUGCCGAAUAGACCAUGGGCACUAUCUUUUAGUUUUGCCAGGGCCUUGCAGACAUCGGCUACCUUGAUAUGGCACGGAAAAGAAGAAAAUCAAAAAGCCGCUAGAGAAGAAAUGUUGAAAAUUGCAAAAGCCAACGGACUCGCCACGCUCGGAAAGUUCCAAGGCAAUUUGAAAACAUUCGCUUCCGGAAAAAACACAUUCGUUGCUGACAACGCGUACUAA